CCAACUAACCUCCAGCCGACACUCAGCAGAGCAGCUGCCGCAUUUCAAAACUGAGGACUCACACGGGGGAAUAUCUUGCAGACGUGGUAAAUAAAAGAAAGUAGAAGCAUCUCAAACCAAGCAAUCACAUUUUCGUUUGGAUUUCCAACGGGUUUGAUGUCGGCUGAUCUGGUGUGAAGCGUUUUCUAGUUCAACUACUGUGUUUGGGGAGAGGAGGUACAUUUCAGCUAUAUUCGGGUCUUGUAAACGGAAUGAAUGACCAAGACAAAGGUUGACACCGGUUCCCCGACGCAUUUUGUCUCGUCGAAGGAGAAGAGGCAAAAGCAGAAAAUGGAGAGCAGCACCGGCGAACAAGAGCAGCCGCAGCCGUCACAACAUCAGCCCGCGCGGCCGCUACAAGUUACCGAGAAAAAGAAAAUACCCCGGGCACCGUCUCCAGCAAGACCCAAGGAUGUGCCCGGGUGGUCCCUCACUAAAAUUCGCGGCGGUAUCGGCACUCCGACGCUGAGCGUUAAACCAGGGGCCAUAUAUUUAGGCGGCCGCGUGUCCAGACGGAGCCCGGUAACCGGGAAGGAGACAAAACCAGAGAAGAGUAAACCGACCGGCAAACCCGCGCUGUCCGCGCCCGGUGCUCAGAAGAGCAGCGUGAAGUCUAAUAAAAGCGGCCGGAGAAAAGUUUCGGACGCCAGCAUCGGAUCGGAUGAUUUAAGCAAGGACUCCGGCUGCGCUCCGGGGAAACUCUCACCCACCGACAGCAGUUCCGAGCUCUCCGACUGCGCCUCCGAGGAGAAUAAAGUCUCCACAGAUGCGCUCAGCAGCGACACCGAGACCAGCAGCCGCGGGGGGAUCGACGGCGAGAAAGCGGCAGCGGAACAUGGACUGUUGGACAAGAGUGGUCAAACCAAGACCAGCCUGGAGAAAGACCGGCUCUCGCUGGGAAUGGAGACCGCAGAGGGGAGCGUCUCUCCCGGCGACGAGCGCUCGCUCACCUCGUUCGACAGCAGGAUGCCCGCCAGCACGUCCUUGGCGUUUUCGGACCUGACUGAGGAAUUAAUGGACGGGAUGCAUGAGGAAUUAAUCAGGGAAAUAGAGGAAAUCAGGUCGGAGAAUGAUUAUUUAAAGGACGAGAUGGAGGAGCUUCGCUCUGAGAUGCUAGAGAUGAGGGACAUGUACAUGGAGGAGGAUGUUUAUCAGCUCCAGGAGCUCAGACAGCAGCUGGAUCAAGCCAACAAGACCUGCCGCAUCCUGCAGUACCGCCUCAAGAAGGCAGAGAGACGCAGCAUCCGCGUGGCCCAGACCGGACAAGUGGACGGGGAGCUUAUCCGAACACUGGAGCUAGACGUCAAGGUGGCAAAAGACGUGUCCAUCCGUCUGCACAAUGAGCUGGAUGCUGUGGAGAAGAAGAGAUCUCGUCUGGAGCAGGAGAACGAGGAGCUGAGGGUGAAGCUACAGGAUCUGGAGGUGGCCAAGCAGGUCCUGCAAGCGGAGAUGGAGAAGGCCAGAGAGAACUCUUUGAAGAAGAGAGGUGCCAGACCAAACAACAAACCUGAUAAAAAAGCAUCGCCUCAGCCUCCAGAGGACAGUUCAGACCUAAAGUGCCAGCUUCACUUCGCCAAGGAGGAGUCGGUUCUCAUGUGCAAGAAACUCACAAAGAUGGUCAAAGACAACGAGGCCAUGAGGGAGGAACUGGCAAAGUAUUGUUCUCUGUACGGAGAGGUUGAUGCCUCACUUACUGUCGAAGAGGUCGCCGAUUCUCCUCACACCCGAGAGGCUGAGGUCAAAGUUCACCUGAAACUGGUGGAAGAGGAGGCGAACCUUCUUAGCCGACGGAUCGUAGAGUUGGAGGUGGAGAACCGCGGCCUUCGUGCCGAAAUGGACGACAUGAAGAUCCAUGAUUCCCCGGGUGGAGUCGGUGUCAUGGGUGGAGUUGGAAGUCACCUGCUGCUUUCCACAUCUGAGAAUGUGAUGGAGCUACAGCGCCACCUACAGUUCGUGGAAGAAGAGGCAGAUCUGCUGCGGCGCUCCCUGAUAGAAAUGGAAGAGCAGAACAAGCUCUUGAUGAACGAGCUCAACCACUACAAGUCCGAGCUUCCCACUGUCACUGAGAUAGAGCUGUCGUCAUCCACAACCAUCACUUCACCCACGAUCAUUCCUGGUGCUUCUGAAGAUGGAGGAUCUGGUCUAAACGAAGCCAGCCAUAAAGAACUACUUGCUGCCAGGCUUCAGAUCACAGAGCUGAAUGGCAAAGUAAAAAAGCUCCAGUACGAGAACCGUGUGUUACUGUCCAACCUUCAACGAUGCGACUUGGCUUCCAACCAGGGCUCCGCACGUCCAGCGCUGGAGACUGAUGCUGAAGCAGGGGACUCAGCUGAGUGCCUCCCCAUCCAGGCGCACCGCGAAGGCCCGGUUGGUGACGAGCAGAAUGAUAUUCUGGAGGAGAGGAAUCUGAACGUUUCAGGAACAAGUCACACUCAUACUGCUCAGUGCCUCAGCAUAAAAGACCUUCUCGCCAUCCGCGACCAGGCACAACUUGUUACCUCAGCUAUUCAGCUUCUGACGUCACCCAACCCCUCCUGUAUCUCACCAGACACCGUCUAUCAUAAGAUUAUGACAAAUGAGUCUGCGGAACCGGUUCUACUGGAGAAGAGCCAGACCCAAAGCUCCACGCUGCCCCUGGUGGAGGUUCUGCAUGGCAGACUGCAGUCCCUCCAGGCUCAGCUACAAGCGCUCAGUGAGAGGGUCGAUGCCCUGGGGCAGCCCCCAGAGAGGGAGCUUGUGGAAGGGAUGUCCCUGAUGCCCCUGCUGUCUGAGGUAGAAGACCCUGCAGCAAAUUGGUCAUGCCCUGCAGAUGCUCAGUUCAACCAGAACAUGAACCAACAGAAGCCUGACUCUAGAGACCAGCCAGACUGUGAGGUCAAAGUUCACUCAUGCAAGGCAGGGGACGAGAGCAACAGCCACAAAGACAGCAACAAAGAGGAUGAAUAUGACUUAAAGGAAACAAACUCGGAUCUGCUGACAGAGCAGGUUGGUGAGCUGCUCGCUCUGUUGUCUGAGGCGAGAGAGAAGGCUCAGGGAGCACAGGAAGCGCUGUCACAGGAGAGACAGGCGCGCCACAACGACACGCAUAAACUCUCUCAGCUUCAGGAAGAGCAUCAGAAGGCUCUCCUCCGCCGAGACUUCCAGCUGCAGAGUCUGAAUCUACAGACGCGUCUGCAGCAGAAGCUGUGGAGUCAGGAGAGAAACCUGCUUGUGCAGGAGUCACAACAGCUCAAAGAGAGCCUGCUCCUCAUCAGCCUCAAGCUGCGCUGGCUCCUCAAACAGUGGAGACUCGGCAAGAAACUAGACACAGAGAGCAAGGAUAUCCUAGAGGUUAACAGUGUCAAAGAUCUCCGUAUCCUGCUUGAGGAAGAUGGCCUGUCUUCCCACUAUGGAGACAACAAGAUGUCAGCUGCUGAGGAGCAGCCACUCAACGCCACACCCAAAGAGCACAGCCUGGCAGAGAAAAGCUGCCUACAGCAGCCUAGCGGUUUCGGAAGUACUGUCUCAGACCUGAAGGUGGCGCUACAGGACCUGAGCGCUGAGCUGCGCGAGGAGCGUCAGAGUUCACAGGAGUUAACGCAGCAGUUUGCCCGUGCUAAAGCAUCAUGGGAAGUCGAACGGUUGGAACUCAAGAGCAUUAUCACUCAGCUGGAGGGUAAGAUGGGGAAGGCAUCUGUGGCUGGGGGUGAAAAGGAUUCUCCAGACCUCAAGGGGGCGCUAAAAAAGGAGCGGGAGGAGCAUCAACACCUGUUGGCGGACUCUUAUGCUGCUGUGAUGGACCUCACCAAACAGUUGCAGAUCAGUGAGAAGAACUGGACUCGAGAGAGGCUAGAGCUUCUAGAGCACUUCAACCAGGAAAGAAGUCAAUGGGAACAGCAUUUACGAGAUGUCCAGAGCAAAGGCACACAGUCUCUUCAUGAUAAAACUUCUGAAAAAGAAAUCUCAGCAGAUGCAGCCACCAGUGUUUCAGGACUGCAAAGGACCAAAUCAAUUUCUUCCCUCUCUGAAUUUAAGAGUAUGCUGGACACCAGUCUGUUCCUUCCUGGUCACAAGGUCAGUGGGGUACCAGAGUGCAAUGUUGCACAGCAUCAAUCUACUGCUCCUGCCUCCAUUCUGGCUCGCACUGACUUAAGUGAUCUCAAUAAAAAGAAUUGGAAGUACUUGACCAAUGAUUCUGCAAUGCUGGAGAAGGGUGACCAGUUUAAGACAUGGGACUGCCCAAGCACCAACUCUAACAGCAGCUUCCCAGGACUGGAGUUGAGCAAGGAGUACAUCCAGAGAAGCUACACCGCUCCAGAUAAGACGGGUAUUCGCAUCUAUUACAGCCCUCCAACUGUGAGGAGAAUGGAGAGGAGGCCAGUCAAAGAAAAGGCCCAGCAGGAUCCUCAGCGAGGACCAUCAUCUUGGGACGGAGCCAUGAUAGAUCCAUCAGGUCAGAUUGCUGCAUCUGCACCUUUGUCGACCACUUCCUCAUCCUCUUAUGAGCAGUGGUUGAGUUCACUUUCACAGCAGCAUAGAGACCUACUUGAAGGACGGACGGGAGGUUCUGCACCAUUCCACGGACUGGAAAUUUCAGGCAACCUUAGUGAUGACAUGAAGGAGAUGACCAACUGUGUGCGACAGGCCAUUCGUUCCAGUUCCCUGGAGAGGAAGUGCAGCAAAGAUGCUGGGAGCCAGACAGUUGGUGUUUCAAGUACAGGAACGCAAACAGCACAGUUUGUCAGCAUUGGCCUACAAACUGAUGGCCCCAUUUCAACAACUAGAGGCCUUCAAGGGAAAGCAUGGUCUCCUCGUCUAUCCACCUCACUUUCAUCUGCACGCACACGACAGAUCUCUUCAUCUCUAGAGAAAGUCCACAGUCGCAUUGAUAGACCAUGUUGCUCACCGAAAUAUGGUUCACCUAAGCUUACCCGCAGGGUCUCCACCUCUUCCUCCAAACUCGAGACCUCAUCAACAUCCUCAAGGGAUCGCAGUGUAUGGAAUCUUCAUAACCGUAGUGGAUCUCAGAAUGGGUCUGCCUGGGCACGUUCCACCACCACCCGAGACAGCCCAGUGCUUAGUGGCCUCAAUGAUGGCUUGACCAGUCUCUUCAGUGUGGUGGAACACUCUGGAAGUGUUGAAUCAUUAUGGAAAGCAGAUACAUGCCUGGGGAGACAAGCUGCUGGGAAACCCUCCUGUCCUAGCAUAGGAAUCAGUCUGGGGGAAGCGGGAGCUCAGAAGUACGGCAUGGUCCAGGAGUUUCUGCACAAUGUUUGCGGCAGGACUGCACCAGCAGGGACCAUUGACGAACCAAAGCCAGAAUACCUACCAGGAGCCUUAAUCGACACAGACAACAUCACGAAGAUCGUCAAUAAGAGGUUUAUGAAAACACAAAGAGACGAGUUUGUAGCCACCGGAAAGGAUGCAAUGAGCUCAUGCUCUAGUACCCUGGAGGAUUCUCUUUGUGACUGCAGCUCACAAACUGUCACUUCCUGUUUUGCCCGCCACUCCCGCUCCACCACACGACAUACCCAUGGCCAGUGCAAACAUCGAGUGCAAGAGUCACCCAUGGGAAAUGAAGAACGAUUCGAUACCAGUAAUGAAUGAGGAUGAGGGUGGCCUCUUCUGACACCCAGAAAGUAUACAAAGAAAACAACUGUAAACACUCACUCCACACACACUGCCACACGCCAAUACACACAGACACACCCUUAAACAAACACAUACAUACUUCAUACCUUCAAUAAAAGUCUUCAGGGUUACAACAAUGGGACUUUGAAGAGUUCCUGCAUCUGGAGAGUUUCCGAACCAGACCUCAGUGUAACCAGCACACUUUAAUGCCAAGGAAGGGGAAAGAGUUGACCUCCCCUUUAGGUCCACCAUUCCACUGUCAACCAGCCAGAUUUCACAUUGUAAGUCCAUCAUUCCAGAGUAAACCAGCCACACCUGCCUUUAAAGUCCAUCAUUCUACCAUUCCACAGUCAUCCAGUCAGACCUCCUUAUACUCUGCCAUUCCUCUGUUUUUCAUCCAGCCAACAGGACAGCUUAGCCAGCCAUUUCAAUCCCCAUGGAAGAACUUGACACCAGGUCUUAAUGAAGUCAUGUAGAUAUAAAGGGAACAUACAGCUUGCAACGGAACUACACAAACCAAGAACCUCAACAUGGCCUUCAGUAAGAUUAUGAUGUCUGUGACAGUUGCCCAGUGGCCCUUACAUUUUACCACAAACAGCAUUGCUUGGAGUAGCUGUAAAAUUGUCCCAUAACCAGCCCUUUAUGGAUUCUACAAGUUCAUGUACAACUCACCUUUUUUGAGUCUACAAUGGGCCACUUUUGCCUUCAUUGGUUAAGAAAAAAUGUUGUCAGCUAAAUCCAACGUGGUAUCAGUAUGCUCUCUUUAGACAAUCAUCAAACAAACAAGCUUGUUUCAACUACUGUAUAGACUCUGCAACUACUUGGGAUCAUCUUCCAUUUUCAAACCAGCCAAAAUAUGAAACUCUGAAUCUACCCUUGGAUUUCUCUAAAAAAAAAAAAAAGGACUGGAUGAUAUGAUUGAUCAUAUUGCAUUAUGAAUCUGUCCUUUUUAAAACUAAAUAUUCUUAUUAUGCUGUCUGAAGAUGUCUACGAAGAGCACGUUUGUAGCUGUAGAGUAGGAGGAUAGCAGUUGUUUUGUUUGCUUUGGUACUUUGUACUGUGUUUAAAGUGUUUGAACAUUAUAGCACUAACAUGUAAAUCUCCAUUCCCUGGCUAGGAUGUCCUCAUGAAUUUUAAAGUGUAAUUGUCAUUUUUAUUCUACCCUGUAGUUCUACAGAAGACAUGUUGCUGGGUGCAUCUUCUGCAAUCCUCCUCUUUAUUUUCUCUGUCUACCUCUUCAUCCUCCAUCAUUAGGCUGAAAUAAACCCAAUGGACCUUAGUCAGGGUAGGCACCAAUUUUCAUUUGAUGGGAAUAAAAAAAGAGACUGUAUGGGAUAGAAGUAUAGUCAAGUUAGUAGGUGUUACUAUUGUGUGUUGGGAAAAACUCUGCACAAGAUGAGUUGGGAAAGUUAGACGUGACUCUAGAAAACCUACUGAACUGAGACCUUGUUCUAAAUAUUGUUCUAAGCGCUUGUGGACUUCCUUUAAGUCAAAACAUUGGUCAACUAAUGCUGCAUAGACUGUCAGGUAGUAACUGUGGAGUCUGCAUCAGUGCAGGCUCAGCAAAAGUGCACAUAAAAGCUGCUUAUAGGCCUAAAGGGGGUGCUUGUAAGCACCCUUUUGAAACCUAAAAUGGCAAAUGGGACACCCUAUAUGCCCUAUUGCAGCACUUGGGACAGAACGUCAAUCUCAAAGCCUCAUUCAUGCCAAAUUGAAUGUCGUCUACCCUGAUUAAACCCCAUAAUCCUAUUUUCCAGAACACAUUUGAAAGCCUCACAAAAUACUAAUUAUGCAGAUAUCACAUAUAUAAACAGAAUUAUGUUUAAGCCUGAAACACUGAAUGCUAAUAAUUGGCCACAGUGAGAUUUUAUCAGAUAAUCCCAAAUUAUAAUCCAUAAUCUGACCGUUCAUGUAGCUAUGCAGUUACCGUAAUACGAGUGUGUGCCUCCCUGUAUCUGCUCCUGCAUCAGAGUCAAGUAUGUUUGUAAUGUGUUUCCUCCAAUCUCCAGUUGGAGUGGUGCUGCAGAAACUGAAGUUAAGUCCUUUUUGCUGGUGCUUUUCUUAGAUUUAACGACAGUACAUUAGAGGAAACAUUUUUGUAUGCAUUUCUCGAGCCAUAAGAAUUUGUUGAUUCAGCUCUUUUAUAAAUCGGUCAUUAGUAAAGUAUCAGAAUAUCACAUUUCUCAAUUGUUCAAUGUCUGGCCAAAAAA